UUUGGCAGUAGCAUAUAUAUUUUCCAGAACGUUUCUAAUUUCUUUACCAAUUUUCUGUUUCUGUUUUUAUGUUAAAACGCUCGACAAUGUCUCGUUGAAUUUUCCUUUUUAAAUUUAGAUUGCGGUUUGGGUCGGUUCUCCGGUUAGCCCGACCCGCUUAAGUAGGGUUAGUAAGUUUUCGAUUUCAGUCUCCCAUCUUCAUCUCCUCUGUCGUCAACGUUACAGAUCAAGUUCUCACCUCUGUUACACGUCAAGUUCAGCUUCGCCGUCAACGUCGAUAAGGUUUGCUGUCUCUUCGUCCUCAUCAAGUUCUCUCCGUCCGCCGCUCCCCUCUCUCUUUGUCCGUCCGUCAGCGUCGAUAAGGAUGACUUCAUCAUUUGCAAAUGAGACUUCAAAUCAAAGUCGUUCUAGUCCAGUAAGAUUGUUAGAAAAACAAAACCUAUUAAACCAGCUUCAUCAGCAUGUUAACAUUUUAUUAAAGUAGAAGGAUGUGAUCCUGAAUAUCCUAGGGUUGGUUGUAAGUACCAUGGGGUUACGUAUGCCUGUGAUUCUAAGAGAAAUGGUACAACGGAUCUAAAAAGACAGAGAAAUGUAAGAAGUAUACAAAAAAGUCAGAAUAUUAUGUUGAAUGAGAGGGAGAUUCUGAAAGUAAUUUGAUGGCUACAUCCUUCACUCAAGAAAAUUGUAGAACAAUGCUUGCUUGUAUGGUCAUAUUAGAUGAAUUAUCAUUUAAGUUUGUAGAAAGUGAAGGAUUUCGUAAAUUUUUUCAGGUAUUAAAUUCGAAGUUUGUAAUUCCAUCAAGAGUAACUGUUGCAAAGGAUUGUUUUCAAAUGUACAAAGUGGUCAAAGAGUUUGUUUAACAACUUAUACAAGGACUUUUGUGCAGAAUAUUAAUUAUAUGGUUAUAACGGCUCAUUUUAUCGACAAUGAUUGGAAUUUGCACCAAAGGAUUCUUAACUUUUGUCAAAUACCUAAUCAUAGAGGAGAUACGGUAGGUAGUGCAAUUGAAAAAUGCUUAGAAAGUUGGGGUAUUGAUAGGCUUUUUACCAUAACGUCGAUAAUGCAAGUUCAAAUGAUAGAGCUAUUGCAUAUGUAGUUAAAAUGUAUAGAGGCAAAAAUGGAUUGGUGUUAGAUGGUGAAUUUAUUCAUGUUAGAUGUUGUGCUCAUAUCCUUAAUUUAAUAGUUGGUGAUGCUUUAAAAGAUUUGCACGUCUAUCAUUCAAAUUAGAAAUGCUGUGAAGUAUGUUAGGUCAUCACCUACAAGAUUGCAAAUAUUUAAAGAUUUUGCCAAAGAAGAUAAGAUGUCAACAAAAAAUUGUCUUACAAUGGAUGUUCCAACAUGAUGGAAUUCAACUUUCACUAUGUUGGACAGAGCAAUUAAGUGUCAAAAGACAUUUGAAAGAUUAGAGAAGCAUGAAGUUAUUUGCUAAAGGAUGAUAUGCCUACUAUUGGAGAUUGGGAUAACGCAAAAGAGUUUGUAGAGUUCCUAAAGACUUUCUCAGAGGAAAUAAUAGCCUCAAAAUGGAGUUAGCAGACAAGACGGUUGGAUUUUUGUUAUCGCUAACCAGCUUGUCUAUAUUCACUUACUAUACUUUCUGGGUCAUCAUCCUGCCAUUUGUAGAUAGUGAUCACUUCAUCCACAACUAUUUCUUGCCACAGGAAUAUGCAAUCCUGAUACCUAUAUUUGCUGGUGUGGUACUUCUGUGCUUCUUAGGCAUAUUUGUAGGAAUGGUGAUGCUCAAAUCCAAAAAGAAAAAGGCAUGAGGACAAUUCUUUGGCAGUUUUUUCCCCCCUUUUUCUUUACUGCCUUCAACCCAUCAAAUUUUGUGAUGAUAAUAUAUGUCUUAUAUUCAUUCAGAUAAACUAAGAUGGUCUAGUGUGUCAAAUGGUUGUUGGUCAUCUUCUUAGCAAAACUAGUAGAGUAAAAAAUAUAAUGUGGUUUAGAAAUUUUUUAAAGUAUUCUUUUUUAACAGUUUUUUUUUUUUUCUCUUCACCAAGUUUCUUCUUAUCGAUAGCAUAAAAACUCGAUGUGUUUCCAAUUUAUAGAUUUAUGUAUAAUCACAGGGUUUUAAUACUCCAAUUGGUAUAGGGUUUGUAUUAUCAA